ACAAACUGAAGUUGCAAAUGACACAGCUCCACGGCGCCUGUUACAUCACUCUCUAAUCCGCGCCGCCAGCCACACGCGUUCCAGCCGCCAUUUGCAGACAUGACGGCGCAGGAGUUCAAGACCGUGGAGCAAGAUAAUAACGAGGCCACCACUGCGGUCACGCCCGAGAAAGAGGACGCUCCGUUCGUGUACGAGACGCCAGGCUUCUUCUCCGAGGACUCGCGAGUGCCGCAGUGGGCUCAGAACCUUGCGACCGACCUCUUCAGCUUCGUGACCAUCCACUACAACGUCUGGGGCGUGCCCUUCCUUGUGCUUUUCUACUAUCUCUACAGUAUCGGCUACGGCUACAUGCCCGUGGCGCUCGUGGCGCUCUACCUCCCGUCCUUCCUGAGUGGUGCCCAGAAGACAGCAAAGGGGAACCCGUGGCCAGCCUUCCGCUCCAGCGGCAUCUGGGGCCUUAGCGCCAAGUUUCUCGGCAUCAAAGUCAUCCGGGAACAGGCACUGGACAGCAACAAGAAGUACAUCUUCGGCUUCCACCCGCACGGUAUCAUUGUGCUGUCACGCGUCUCCACGUAUGGCGGCAACUGGGAGAAGGUCUUCCCAGGCAUCGAGACGCGAGCAUUGGGUGCCUCAACCAUGUUCUACGUCCCUCUGGGCCGUGAACUCUGCCUGUGGCUCGGCGGCGUCGACGCCUCCCGCUCCACAGCCGACAAGGUUCUCAAUGACGGCACUAGCAUCGUCGUGUACCCCGGCGGCGUACCUGAAAUCUUUAAGACGGACCCCAACUCCAAACUGAACGAACUCGUGCUGAAGAAACGUCUCGGGUUCGUCAAGUUGGCCAUGCGCCACGGAGCGGAGCUGGUGCCAAGCUUCGUGUUUGGAGAGAAGUGGCUCUACAACAUGUGGAAUCCUCCUCAGGGAGUGAUCGACUUCUUCCGCAAGACGCUCAAGAUCCCGAUGAUCAUCUUCUGGGGCAAAUUCAUGUGGAUGCCCAAGCAGCCUCCUAAGGGCAAGCGCUUUGGCGUCGUGUAUGGUAAGCCCAUUCCCACAAAGCAGACGGACAACCCCACUGAGGAGGAGAUCCGCGCUGUGCACACCCAAUACGUUGCGGAGAUCGAACGUCUGUUCUCGCAGUACAAGAAGGAGUUUGGCUAUGACGACGACGAGACUUUGCUCAUCAACUAGGCUUGAAACUCGAGUUACGCUGAACAUGUCAACAUGAUUCUAUUUUUCUAUGGCGUCUGUCUUGGACACCGAGUCGACGAUACUGUCCUCGUCAAACAUCCGCAGUAAAUUGGCGUAGUUGGAGUCGUAUUUGGGGCCUUCCCAGUAGAUUUUAUGGCACACGCGACAGACCCAAAACUCAGUCACAACCUCCAGCACAUUUGGAUGCACUUCAUCCUCCGUUUGGUUGCGCACGUAGUCCAAGUCGACGACAUCAAACCCCUUGGCGUUACAACGCGAGCAUCGCGACAUCAUCUCG